GCAUGCGUACAAAGUAAAUACAUUGCGCAUGUGUAAUUUAUCGGUUUGGAGGGGCGUAGAAAGGAGGCCAUAUUGUACAGUUAAAUUGAAAGAACGAAAAUAAUUAUAUCAUCGUGCUUGUUUCGUUUCGAAUUUUUAUCGUACAUAUCUACGAAUUUGUUGUGAAUAAAGCAACAGUGUACUGAAUCUGUUUUGAGGUUUCUAAGAUUUUUUUUUGUAAAUAAUUAUAAAUUGUAGUGGUGUAUUUCGAUAUCUAGAUACCGUCCGUCAGUCUACUAAAGGGGUUUAUAGCUCCAGACGAGAUGGGCACUCGGGAUGAUGAAUACGAUUAUUUAUUUAAAGUUGUUCUUAUUGGUGAUUCUGGUGUAGGAAAAAGUAAUCUUUUAUCGAGAUUUACAAGAAAUGAAUUCAAUUUGGAAUCAAAAUCAACCAUAGGAGUUGAAUUUGCUACACGCAGUAUACAAGUAGAUGGAAAAACUAUAAAAGCUCAAAUUUGGGACACAGCAGGACAAGAGCGUUAUCGUGCUAUUACAUCUGCGUACUAUCGUGGUGCAGUUGGAGCUCUAUUGGUAUAUGAUAUAGCAAAGCAUUUGACAUAUGAAAAUGUUGAAAGAUGGUUACGAGAAUUACGGGAUCAUGCUGAUCAAAACAUUGUCAUUAUGCUGGUGGGAAACAAGUCUGAUUUAAGGCAUCUACGUGCAGUUCCAACUGAUGAGGCAAAAGCAUUUGCAGAAAAAAAUGGCCUCUCUUUCAUUGAAACUUCUGCUUUAGAUUCUACAAACGUUGAAACAGCAUUUCAAAAUAUAUUAACAGAAAUCUACAGAAUCGUAUCGCAGAAACAGAUACGUGAUCCACCUGAAGGUGAUACAAUCCGGCCACAGAAUGUAGAACCCAUUGACGUGAAACCAACAAUGAAUUCAGAAGGAAUGCGUAAGCAGUGCUGCCAGUGACUCAUCUUGUUGCUUAAAAUGUGUGUACACGCAAAUACAGUAACAAUAUCACGGGAGUACACUCAAAUAAUACCAACUUUCUAAGAGAAAAAAUUUAGUCUAUGGUCCAGUAAAAAGAAAAAAGAUAAGAGAGUUUCUGGGAUAAUUCUUUGUACGAUAGCAUAGUUUUAAUAUAAGAAAACUAUGAUUAGUUAAUUAUAAAUAUUAAGUUAAUUUGUAAAUUGAGUUAAUUUUAACAUACGUCAAAAUUAAAUAUUAUUAAAGACAUUU